AUGACGGAACAUCGUCAAGAAGAAUACUGGGAUGAAGUAUGCGAAAAUAUUGAAAAAUCUAUCAAAAAUAAUGAUCCUAUGACGGCUUUUUCCAUCAUUAGACGUCUCAGAGGAGGAAGUAAAAGAGACGAAAACAUGCCAGUGCAAGAUAAAAGUGGUAAACUACUGGUAAAUUCAAAAGAUACCUUGAAACGUUGGCGUGAAUUUUUCUAUGAAACUCUCAACGUAGACUCAUCAAUUGAUCAAAAUCUUAUUGAUCUAAUUGAAACAUCGACUCUGUCAAUAACUGAAGAGCGGCGGCAAAAUGCUCCACUAUCUAUUGAAGAAGUGAAGAAAGCUCUAAGUCAAAUGAAAUCUAGGAGAGCCCCAGGUAGUGAUGAAGUCACAGUUGACAUCCUAAAAGCUGGUGGCGAACCAAUAAUACGAUGGCUGUUCGAAUUCUUUACUGAUGUAUGGGAGAACGAGCAGAUGCAAAAAUGUGGUGCAAAAGGAACAGCAUUAUCUGAACAAAUUAAUGGUUUUACACCUACUAAAAUUGAGCUAAGAAUGUUAUUUAUUCCCUCGAUUUCCCAUCCUUACUCACUCAUUACGUGCACGGCAAUGCAAAUCUUCGUGUAUUUGGUAGCUGGUAGCUCUAUCACAAUCGAAUGUGAGACCAGCGAUACUAUCGAGGAGAUCAAACGCAAGAUUGAAGACAGGACGGGUAUAGCAACUGCUCAACAACGCCUAUUAUUCGCUGAGAUUCAGCUUGAAGAUCAUCGCAUUUUGUCGGAUUUAGGCAUUCGUCAAAACUCUACUUUACACCUAAUCAAGAAAUUUCGAGAUGGCUGUUUUCUAUUCGAUACACUCAUUUCGCUUUCUGAUGGUACCAAAAAACGCAUAAGCGAGAUUCAAAUCGGUGACAGUUUACUUGCAUUUACGUUGUUUGGCGAGAUCGUCACUACAUCGGUUGAAGAAGUGUUUAUUCAUGAUAUUGAUGAGUACAUCGAAUUAAAUACUGGACAAAAUAUGCUAUGCGUAACACAAGAACAUCCAUUUUUCAUUGGUAAUGGUAACUUUUGUGCACUGAAGAAGCUUCGCAUCAGCGAUUGUAUCUACAGCUUGGUCGAUGGCUGUCUUCAAACAAAGUCAAUCAUAAGCAAGAAAACAAUUGUUGCUCCAACGACACGUGUCUACAACUUGCGCACUGCCGAACCGCACACAUAUUUUGCUAAUGAUGUUGCUGUUCAUAACAAAUUGGGUCUAUAUUUUGUCGAUGCAAGCGAUACGGGUGGUCUCAAACGUCAUGAAUGGGGUUCCAAUAGUCCUGAUGAGCACUUAGCGAAUCAUGGCCUUUGCCUUGAGGCUCUGUGUACCAAUUCACAUUGUGAAGCCUAUCAAAAGACAGUGAUUAUUAAUAUGGGAUUUGGACAAUUCGAUCUUGUUGGUGGUACCAACGCUGAUGUAUCGAAGUGUCCAAUAUGUGAUCACUAUGCCAAACCGAAAACAUGUGCUUUUAACAAUUGUAAAUGGCGAUGGUGGGGUAUAAAGCAACCUCAACAUGGUCUGCCACCCAAACGAAUUUCAACCGACUGGAAAGUUGCUGAUAAUGCCUAUCAUCGAUUCAACGAAGAUGAAAAUGGAUCCUCUCGAUGGCGGAAGCUAGUUUUCAAAGCCCAAAAGAACUAA